GAAAGACAUUAUGGUAAGAAGGGAUCAGCGGGUUGACUUCCAAGUGAUUCAGGUGAACGGGAUGACGACUGUCAAUAUCAAGACCAUAGAAGACAUUGUGCCAACAGAAAAUGCACCUGAAGAGCUUCCUCACACUUACCUUGUGCUGAAGGCUGCUAUGGAUUGUCUACUUGUCACAUACGGUGAAACAAAUGAAGGACGGGAAAAGUGUCUGCUUUGGGGAUUAUCCAGAAGCAAUAUUAGUCAAGAAACUCAGUGCUAUAAGGCACUCACCUUGUUUUGCCCUGACAACCUGUACGAUAUGACGGAACCUGACGAUCCGUGCCAGCAAUACGAUGUUGACGAAGACACCCGUAAAAAUGAGGCUAACCAGGAUCAAGAAACAAGUUAACAUCGUGUACAACAAAUUG